CCAAGACUGAGCCCUCGAGGCAAACCACUUGCCUUCCCAGUUCGCUGGAGUCAUCAUUGCGGGUACCACAAGUGACCCGUAUGGCAGUCAUGCCCUUUGUUUUCCUCCUCUUUCUCUCCUGCCCCUUCCUACUUCUGCUACUAGAUGUUAAGGAUAGGACAGGGCCUUGUUCAUGAGACAACUAAGCCUAGAGGAGAGAGUCAAGUAUAGCUUGGCCCUCCAUGUGCCUUACCUCCUCCAGGGAGACGGCUUGCAAGGGGUUUGGGAUCAUCCAGUGAUUUCUCACACCAAGUCAAUAUUAUGAUUUGGAAUGAGCACAAAAGCCCUUCUCCAAUUAUUAGGAAGUCUGAAUCCAGAACAGAAGAAAAUGGCAAAAAAGGAAUGAAGAAAAUGGGAAGGCAAAUGUGGGCAGCCUUGUUCCCUUACCUCGAUAAGACUACUUUAUGAGUGGUGAGCCCUACCAUUAAAGCCUCUCUGGAUACCAGAAGUGUAUGUAGACAAGGAAAACGAUCCAUUGAGAAAUUUCUGCCAAACCCCACUGUUCUGCUUGCAAGACAGUCUCAAUAACAUACUUAUUCAGGAAAUGCAAAUUAGGCUUUAUAAAUUACAGAGAAACAAACAAAUCCCAGAAGAUUAAAGAUCAGCUCUUGAAAGAAUAAAUCGUGCAGCAUUUACAGACUUGGAUAAUGUGCGAACAUUUUAAGUGCCUAGGACAGGAUGAGAAGACCAAGUCGCUCCUCCCAGAGACUCAAAGGAGGAAGAUACAUCAAUGGACAAAACAACAUGGCUUGUCGAUUGUCAUUGUGUUCCACCACUGUGGUAGAGUCUACCAUUCUUGGUCACCAAGAUAAUAUGUAAAUCAGUUCUUGAUGGGUAUCUAGUCAUUUGUGAAGCUGACUAGAGUUGAAAGGACAUUUUAGGCAAUGGGAAGAGAUACUCUGUUCUACAAAUCUUAUAAUUCUGCUGGAGGAUGAAAUCUUUGCCGAUUUUUUCAAUACGUUUCUUUCUCUCCCGGUCUUUGGUCAGACCCCAUUUUAUCUUGUUGAAAAAUCACAGUGGAACUUGUGGCCAGAAAUACCUCGCGACUUGUCCAUUAUUAGCAAUUGGAAUUCAUCUCUCAUGUCUACUGUGAUUGGGGAUAGUAGACGUUUGGAAUACUAUGCUGAGAAAAACCUUGAGCCACAUUUAAGCAAAAAGAGCCCAGGAAUUGAUUGACAAUGGCUGCUUUGGGUGGGAUACGAUGUGACCAUCUCUAGUCCACACAGAUUGCCAAAUACAAAGGACUAUUGACCUGGUUGGAAAAAUAUCGGUUACCUUUCUUCUGCAAAACAAACUUGUGUUUCAAUUACAUUCUCUGUCAGGAAUUAAUCAGUUUCAUUAAGUCUGAAGAAGGAGCCAAGAUGAUGAGAUGGAAGACGGCAGACCAGUGGCUACUGGAGAAAUGCAUUGGCGGAGUCAGAGGGAUGUGGCGCUUCUGCUCCUACCUCAAGGGCAGCGCAGGUGAAGAGUUGGUGGAUUUCUGGAUCCUUGCUGAGAAGAUCCUGAGCAUAGAUGAGAUGGACCUGAAAAUGAGAGACCACUACCUGUCCCUCCUUCUCAUGCUGAAGGCCAACCAUCUGCAGUCGGGGUCCAGGGUAGUCAAGCUCUGCAACGUGAACAUCAACUCCCUCCUGAACCUCUCCAUCUGGCAUCCCAACCAGUCAACCACCAGAAGGGAGACCCUGAGCCACAUGCAGAAAGUGGCUCUGUUCAAAGUCCAGAGCUACUGGCUCCCCAACUUCUACACCCACGCCAAGGUGGCAAUGGCCAGUGAGGAGGCCUGCCAGGGCCUGAUGCAGGAGUAUGAGACUCGCCUGUACAGCGUUUGCUACACCCACGCGGGAGAACUCCCUCUGAACAUGAGCAUCAGGAAGAGUUUCCAUUGCGAAAAACAUUACUCAAGCAAGAAGGCCAGGAGGAGGAUGUGGCACAUGGCAGAAACGGACCCUCGCUUUCUGGAAUCCAGUCCCAAGGUGGAUAGCAGGACUAUGCCUACACAGGAGAUGAGUUCUCAGAAGAUGGUGUCACAGAUGUCUUCCCUGACAAUAGUGGCUUCUUCAAAGGAGUCAAUAAUCAGUUCCUUAGAAAAUGAUGAUCCCUGUGCUAAGAAGUUCACUACGAAGAAAUCCAAGGGCCACCUCCUCAUGGAGGGCCUCUUUGAGACAAGGUUUUCCACCCAAAUGAGGACUUCCACCCCUAUCAUUAAUUAUUCUUCACAGAUGACAAUCCACAAGGCCAUGAGGAAAAGCCUCCCCCUGGGGUACACAUAUUGGGCACUGUGUGCUGACAUCCAUGCAGGGAGUCCCUUCCGGCACUACCUAAAGAAGAUGAAAUUGAAAGUGGAGAGACGACUCCUGGACCUGUGGCAGGACCUACACCAUUUCCUGCGUGUUCUGAUGAAUAACAGGAAUAAUGGAAAUGCCAUCUUUCGUCACAUGCUGGGUCACAGGAUCUGUGAGCUCUACUUGAAUGAGCAGCUUGGUCCAUGCUUACCACUCAAAUCUCAGACCAUUCAAGGCCUGAAAAAGCUGCUGUCUUCCGGGGAUGUGACCCCCUGGAUUCCCAAAGCCCAGAGGGAAAUUUGCAAGAUACUCAGCCCCUGCUAUAAUGAGUUCCUGAAUGAAGAGGACUACUGGUUUCUCGUUUUUACAACUCAGAAACGGUUCAUCAAAAACCGGUGCCAUAGAAGAAAAUCUAUAAGCAGAGAAGAGAACAUUCUUCUUUAUAAGAGGAUGCAGAAAUCUCUGGAGUUAACCCAGGCCUUGGCUAACAUGGAGAAAAUGGAUUCGAUGCAGUGGCCAAAUGUAGCGACUGAGAACCUACGCCAAGCUGGGUCUCUCCAGGUAGAACUGCAGUCUCCAGUGUUUCUGGAAGACAUAAACAACCUGACUUUUGAGGAACUCUGCUUUAAGUAUCCAAAGGUGGCCAUAAAGAAGAUCAGUGAUGACUACAAGUUAUACUGUGAGAAAGCACCUCUCAUAGAUUUUAAAGUGCAAAUUGUCAAGGAACCAAAGGUAAUUACAGCCCCACAAAGGAAAAUAUCCUUCUCCAAAAAAUCUGGUACUAGGAAGCUCUCAGUGAGACCCAGGAACUUGACAGAAGUCCUCCUAAAUUCACAGUACCUGGAGCUCUUCAGGGAGUUCCUCAGAGAACAUAACGCGGAAGGCCCACUACUAUUCCUGAUGGCUGUACAGAGGAUGAAUUCGAAAGCCAACGAGAAGACUUACAUGUCUUCACUGGAAAACAUAAUCCAGACUUUCUUCCACGGCAAAAUCCCUCCUGAAGAAAUGCUGCAGUGCGAUGCCCCUCUCAUCAAAGAAGUCUCUGAAAUGAGUCAAGUCAGUACAACCACAUUGCUAAUGGUCCAGAGCCACGUCAUGAAAUCUCUGGAUGAAAAGUGGUUUAAGGAUUACCAAGAUAUAUUCCCGUUUCCUCCUCCUUCUCCGGAGGUGGAGCCUGAAGCACCAGCUCUGCCUAAGAAGCCCUCAAAGAUAACAAUGUACCUGCUGGAAUCCCAGAAAAAAGGGUGGCUGAAAAUGACCAGCUUUAUCAAGAGCUUUUGCAAGUACCGAAAAUUUAUUUCAAAUCCCAGUAAGCGCCAGGAAUUCAUAGACUAUCUUCACUUGGAAAUGUGCAAUAGCAAAGACAAUUUCCCCGGGUCACCCAGUUUAUCAGUACGUCCAAUCCCAUUGUCCACCAACAUCCGGAGUGCAGACCCAGAGAAUGGAGAGAUGACCCUUCUAAAGCGCCGUAUAUAUGGUCACAGGGUCAUCAUUGUCAACUUUGCAAUUAAUGAUUUAUAUUUCUUAUCUGAAAUUGAGAGAUUCAAUGAUUUGGUGAGUUCAGCUCACAUGCUGCAGGUCAACAGGACAUACACUGAGAAUGACCUACUGCUGCUGCGGGCCAAAAUUAACAUUAUCCUAAGGCUCUUCCUGAAUUCUGAUAUCCCUCCAAAGCUGAGGGUGAAUAUCUCUGAGUCCCAGAAGGAGGCUAUCCUUGCUGCAGUUUCAGAGGGCCACCUGGAUCGGACCACCUUCCACGGGGCUGUCAUGUCCAUCUUCCCCGUCAUUAUGUACUUCUGGAAAAGGUUCUGUGCUUGGAAGGCAGCCCGCUCUUACCUGCAACACAUGGGAAAGGGGAUGAAAGACAGAAAAUGUGCUUCUAAACCUGCAUACAAAUACCCUCCUUCAAGUGGAGGAGACCAGGGCGUCCUAAGAUUCACCCUGCUCAGAGGUGUGGAGUGGUUUGGGCCUCAACAGCGGGGGGAUGCAAGUUCAAUCCAAAAUUCAUCAUCUGGAAACCUUUCCCAACCGAGAGCUGUACCAUCUGCCUUGCAGCUGGGUCCUUUCCUGGGACAAAAAUUGCUCCAACCCAAAAAGAAGAAGUAAUCACGUCGGGCUCCACUGAGGCAAAUCAUCUCUCAGACGCCUCCCAAUGCUGUCAGAACCUUUUCUGGUCAGAAAUGAAAUGCCCUGAUGCCAUCUGCCCCUAGAAAAAUCAAGAAGGGACUAUAGAACAACAGCUCAGACACGGCAGGAGAAGACCGUGAUGGGAAGCACAAACAACCCAUUCACACUAAAGAGUGACAGAAAGAGGGAGAGGAAAGAAGAAAGAACAAGAGAAAUGGAGAGAUCUGCCUCCACCUUCACAGGAGCCUUUUCAGAUACUUGUGUCAGAGUGACAUGAAAUCUCCCCCUUUUCUACAGCUGUAGACAAAACAUCUGCCCCUCAUUUUGAGUGUCUCCAACUGUCCCAAGUGUCAUCCCUGAGGAGGGGGUGGCCCAUGUCUAUAGUGCUUCAGAGUGCCAGUCCUCAGCCCUACACCUCCAGCAGGACUGGGGGUCACUAGCCAAAAUAAAGCACAUCCACACUCAG